AUGCGUACCGAUACCACGUAUCGACGGCUCUUUAGACGCCCUGGCGGGAGCUACUUUUUUCCGGCUUUGGACCUGGCAUCUGGUUAUUCAAAUUGGCAGGUGGAGUUGGACCAGGAGGCGCAACAGAAGUCUGCUUUUGUCGUAAUUUGUGAAUACAAUAUUGAGAUACAACACCGCCCGGGAACCAAACAUGGGAAUGCAGAUGGACUUUCUAGGCGACCUUGCAAGCAGUGUGGACGAGUCAAGGGGGGAGUGGAGAAGGAACCAGUUCAGAUUGAACCCGGAGAGUCACAUGUCGAACCUCAAGUACCACUGACUAGAAUUGAACCAGAAUUAUCACUUGAAAACCUACGUGCCCAGCAACUAGAAGAUCCGUCCAUAAACUGGGUCCUCACCCCCAAGGAAGCGGGCAAUCCCUGUCACAACUUGGAAGAUGUACGAUUAACCUUUCUGUACGAGCCUGGAUACGUUGUUGUGACCAAUGUGCCCGCAAAAAGUCACCUCCGAAGAAGCGUAGGGCUCCUUUGCAACAUUGGUCCGUGUCAGAACCUGUGGAACGAGUGGCCAUGGACUUCCCAGGCCAUUAAGUACGUGUUGGUAGUGGGUGACUACCUAACGAGGUGGACGGAAGCGUAUCCUAUUCCCGAUCAAACAGCCGAUACGGUCACCAAAUCCUUUGUAGAGAAAUUUGUUUUGAGGUUCGGCGUUCUAGCACAACUACAUACAGAUCAAGGACGGAACUUUGAGUCUAAAGUGUUAGCAGAGGCCUGCCGUAUGUUAGGCAUAAAGAAAACCCGUACGACGCCAUAUAAUCCUAAGUCAGACGGUAUGGUUGAGAGGUUUAAUCGGACACUGAUAAACAUGGUGGCCAUGAUGUUGGACCCGGUCCACCAUCAACGAGAUUUGGACGAGCGACUUCCGUAUGCGACCUUCGUGUACCGAUCAACACCCCAAGAGUCUACUGGUGAAUCUCCUAAUAUGCUUAUGUUAGGAACGGAGGUGCGUACCCCGAUAGAUUUGUCAGUGGAAGUGCCGCAAACCAUGCCAGACGAACCAGAUUUAGCUACCAGAGUCAGAUCCCAGUUGCAAAAAGCAGGUGCCCGUGCCCGAGAUGUACUGAAGAUCAGUGCUCGCAGACAAAAGAAGGGGUACGAUAAACUUUCCGAAGAGCCAAAUCUUGUACCUGGAAAGUUUGUGUGGACGUAUGACCAAACCAAGCGUAAGGGGAUGUCCCCUAAACUAGAGUGCAGAUGGAAAGGGCCUUACCUAAUCAUCGAUAAGUUGACAGAGGUCACUUUCCGGAUUCAGUUAAGUCCUCGAGGAGCAAGGCGUGUGGUCCACUGUGAUCAACUGAAACCGUACGAGGGAAAUCCAACCAAAGUACCAGCCAAAGAGAGGCAGUUCGCCCUGUCACCCGAACGGAUACAGAUAGGCUAUAUGAGUGCACAAGUUGUCAUGAAACGUUCUCCACCCGAGACAAAUUGCGGGGCCAUGUGA